UUUGCAAAAUUCAGCGAACCUGUACAUGCUUUGGUUCUCAAAAGGCAAAUUAUUUUGCCUUGCAUCACCGUUUAAGAGGAUUUUGCAGCCUGCCAAAAGUCCUACAAGACCUUUAAAAUCAGCAGGACUCCGGAAAGGUAUUGAAUUAAAUUGCCGGACUUUCAGCAACAUGGCAGACAUCAUGAAAGUUACGGCGGACAAGAAGGAUCCUCCUUUUGCUGCUAUUUUGACUGUGGAAUAUUUAAAUGGUACUUCAAAGAAGACAGAGGUUCACUGGGGUGAACACACAUACAUUGAUUUACCUGGAUCAACCUGUUUGAAUGGAGAUAUGGCUGUCACUCGAUAUCUUGCAAGAAAGUUCUCUAAGUCAGGAUUAUAUGGGAAGACCAUUCUUGAGGCAACAGAGAUUGACCAUUGGCUUGACUUCAGCUCAGCAAACUUGAAAAAUUCAAACAGUGUCUGGACAGCUGUACAGUAUCUUGACAGUGUUCUUGCUCCUAGUACCUACCUAGUGGGGCACACCUUCACUAUUGCAGAUUUUGCAGUUUGGGGGUCUUUACAGGGGAAUAAAUCUUGGGAUGCCCUAGUCAAAAAGGAAACCAUUGGCCAAAACAUCAACCGUUGGUUUUCCUACUGCUCCUCACAACCAGGGUUUAAGAAAGCUCUGAAAAUGGUCCCCAAUGCUAGUCAAAAGCAAAGCGGAAAGGAUUCAUCAGACAAGCAAACAAAAUCAUCUGGUUUGCAGAGCACAAUGGAAGAGGGUGGGAAGUUUAUUGAUCUUCCUGGUGCAAAAGAAGGCGAGGUUGUCGUGAGAUUUCCUCCAGAGGCUAGUGGCUAUCUUCAUAUUGGACAUGCAAAAGCUGCCUUGCUCAAUCAAUACUACAAGGAAAAUUACAAGGGAAAACUGAUAAUGCGCUUUGAUGAUACAAACCCUGCCAAAGAAAACGAGCAUUUUGAAGAGGUCAUUUUGGAAGACAUCAAACUUUUGCAUUUGACCCCAGACAAAUUCAGCCGUACCUCAGAUUAUUUUGAUGUCUGCCUCAAAGCUGCGGAGAAACUUAUAAGAGAAGGCAACGCAUUCUGUGAUGAUACACCAAUGGAGGCUGUGAAAGAAUUGCGAGAGAAGAGGGAGCCAUCCGCAAAACGUGAUCUGGGCGUGGAAGAGAAUCUGGCAAUAUGGGCAGAAAUGGUGAAAGGCAGUGAACUUGGUCAGAGGAACUGCCUAAGAGGAAAAAUCGAUUACGCAAGCGACAAUGGCUGUUUAAGGGAUCCUGUUCUUUAUCGAUGCAAAACAGAGCCUCAUCUGGUGACUGGAACUCGCUUUAAGGUUUAUCCGACGUAUGAUCUUGCUUGUCCAAUAGUAGACAGCAUCGAGGGAGUGACGCAUGCGCUCAGAACGACCGAGUACCAUGACCGGGAUCCCCUGUAUUUUUGGGUGCUGGACAAGCUAGAAAUGAGGAAGCCCCAUAUUUAUGAAUACAGUCGACUGGCUAUGACGAACACCGUUUUGUCAAAGAGAAAACUGACCUAUCUUGUGGAGCAAGGAAUGGUCGACGGCUGGAACGAUGCUAGAUUCCCAACAGUGCGUGGCAUAAUUAGACGUGGUAUGACCGUUGAAGGUCUUAAAGAGUUCAUUAUAGCUCAGGGCUCUUCACGAUCUAACGUUCAUAUGGAAUGGGACAAAAUUUGGACAUUUAACAAGAAGAUAAUUGACCCAAUCGCCCCAAGAUACACUGCGCUAAUGAAUGAUGGAAAGGUUUUAGUGAAUGUCACUGAUGCCUCAGAUGGAACAGCACAAUAUCCUUUGCACCCCAAGAAUCCAGAUGUUGGCGCCAAGACCAUUUUCUACUCUAAAACAGUUUACAUCGAUGGAGCCGAUGCAGAAACAUUUUCAGAGAACGAAUUGGUCACUUUCAUCAACUGGGGAAAUCUUCGGAUUUCAAAGAUCAAUAAGGGAAACGACGGGAAAAUCCAAUCCGUGGAUGCAAAACUGGAGCUUGAGAACAAGGAUUUCAAGAAAACAACCAAAGUAACUUGGUUGGCAGAACACCAAGAAGGUCCUUUCACACCAACAGUGUGUGUCAACUUCGAUCACAUCAUCACCAAAGAUGUUAUCACAAAGGCUGACGAUUUUAAAGAUUACAUAAACAAAAACACAAGGACUGAUACAGUGAUGCUGGGUGAUCCCGAACUCAAAAAUCUGAAGAAAGGAGACAUCAUACAGAUACAGAGACGUGGCUAUUACAUUUGCGAUGAACCAUACCAGCAUCCUAGCCGACACUCAGGUAGAGAGGUGCCUUGUGUCCUCUUCAACAUUCCAGAUGGACAUACGAAGAACAUGAGCAACACUGGAUCAAAGGCCAAAUCAAAGGAACAGGCCAAAAACCAAAAGUCAAGCCAGAAACAGUCGUCAAGUCAGAAACGAGGAAUAUCAACAAGUUCGGCAGCAGCAGCAGCAGCAACAACAUCUAAUGCCGAUUCAGUGGAGGUGCAGCAAUGCAUUGACAAAAUUACCGCCCAAGGUCUGAAAGUUAGGGAAUUGAAAGCAUCAGGUGCUGCUAAGGAGGCCAUUCAGAAAGACGUAGAGGCCCUUCUUGCGGCUAAGGCUGAGUACAAAAAGUUGACUGGAAAAGACUACACUCCUGCAUCUGAUAACAAGAGCAAAAAGUCAGGUAAAGAAGAGAAGAAAGACAAACCAAAGAAAGAAGAGAAAAAAAAGGGAGAAAAAAUGGCACCAACUGUCAGUACUGGAGGUGAAUUGUCCCCAGAAGCCCAGGAGCUUUUAAAGAAAGUUAGUGAACAAGGGGAUGCUGUUAGAAAACUCAAGGCAGACUCUGCAAGCCAAGACGUAAUUGACAAAGCAAUUAAAGAUCUUUUGGACUUGAAAGCACAAUACAAGACCCUGACUGGAGAGGACGUCCCGGGGCCUGCGAGGAGCAGUAAAAAGGACAAGAAACAGAAGAAGAAAGAGGAACCGAAGCCAAAGGAAGAAGCCAAGCAGAAGAAGCCGGCUGCAAAGCAACCAGAACAGAAGAGCGCAGAACAGGAGACCGAUGCUGGAGGUGCAAAGAAAAUCACCAGGCUUGCUUUAGAGGCAAAAAAAUCUGAAUCUCUAAGCGACUGGUAUUCUCAAGUAAUAACAAAGGCAGAAAUGAUAGAAUACUAUGACGUCAGUGGGUGCUACAUCCUGCGCCCUUGGGCCUACAGCAUCUGGGACAAAAUCAAGGACUUCUUUGAUGCCGAGAUAAAAAAACUCGGCGUAGAGAAUUGCUACUUUCCAAUGUUCGUCUCCCACAGCGCUCUCGAGAAAGAGAAGAAGCACAUCGAAGAUUUUGCUCCAGAGGUUGCAUGGGUAACUAAAUCAGGAGACAGUGACUUGGCAGAGCCUAUUGCAAUUCGACCCACCAGUGAAACAGUUAUGUAUCCAACAUAUGCAAAAUGGGUUCAGUCCCACAGAGAUUUGCCUAUCAAGCUUAAUCAAUGGUGUAACAUUGUUCGAUGGGAAUUCAAGCACCCUCAGCCAUUUUUAAGAACAAGAGAAUUUCUGUGGCAAGAAGGUCAUACUGCGUUUGCUACGAAAGAAGAAGCCUGCGAGGAGGUGUACAAAAUUCUGGAACUGUAUGCGCAAGUUUACACCGAUCUGUUAGCAAUACCUGUUGUUAAAGGAAGAAAAACUGAGAAAGAAAAGUUUGCAGGAGGAGAUUUCACGACAACGUGCGAAGCAUACAUUUCUGCAAGUGGAAGAGCUAUCCAAGGUGCAACCUCGCAUCAUUUAGGCCAAAAUUUCUCGAAAAUGUUUGAUAUUGUCUUCGAAGACCCAGCUAAACCUGAUUCGAAAGAAAAGCUCUAUGUGUUCCAAAACUCAUGGGGUAUCACCACAAGGACAAUUGGUGUUAUGGUAAUGGUUCAUGGGGAUGACCGUGGUUUAGUAUUGCCUCCCAGAGUUGCAAAUGUUCAGGUUAUUAUCGUGCCCUGUGGCCUAACAGCUUCAUUGGCUGAAGAGAAGAGCAAAAGCGUUAUCAAUGCUUGUGAUGAACUUAUGAAAGAUCUCAAGGCAGCAAACAUUAGAGCUAAGGUUGAUGCUCGCGAAAACUAUUCUCCUGGUUGGAAAUUUUAUCACUGGGAACAAAAGGGAGUUCCAAUUCGUGUGGAAAUUGGACCAAGAGACGUAGAGAAGAAUCAUUUUGUUACUGUGAGAAGAGACAAUGGAGAUAAGGCAACCAUAGAGAACGAUGGCAGAGUAGGACGUCUUGCAAAUAUGCUGGAUGAAAUACAUGCAAAUAUGUAUUCAAAAGCUGAAAAGGAUCUUGUUGAGCAUCUAGCUGUCACUACCUCAUGGGAUGAGUUUUGCACGAUGUUGGAGAAUAAGAAGAUCAUCCAGAGCCCUUUCUGUGGCGCAAUAUCAUGUGAAGAGAAAAUCAAAAAGGACAGUGCCAGGGAGGAAUCGACCGAGGUAGGAGCCCCAGCCAUGGGUGCAAAAGGGCUGUGUAUUCCAUUCAAGCAGCCAGCUGAGAUUACAGAUGGUUUGAAAUGCAUCCAUCCUGAUUGCAAAGAGCCAGCCAAAUUCUAUACACUCUUCGGAAGGAGCUAUUAGUAACAUUCAAUAAAAUAAAAAUGCCUGGUAAAACCAUAUUUUAUAAUAUUAUCUGGUUAAGAUUUGGGUAACUGUUAGACUUUGUAGAAAAGUUGUGAAGAAAUUUUGUAUUGAAUGAAAAGAAUUGGUUGAUCAAAAA